UGGCUGACAAAGAGGAACAAGAAGGCUCUCUGUGAAGCACUUGAAAAGAUUAAAUCAGAGCUUAUGUUGCUGGGUUUCAUAUCGCUGCUACUAACGGUAACACAAGGGCUCAUUUCAGAAAUCUGCGUGCCAAAGUCAGUUGCUGCCUCGUGGCACCCUUGCAACAAGAAGCAAGAGGAGAAGAAGUACGGCGGUGACGAAGAUUUAGACACCGGCGAGUAUUACGACCGGAGGAAGCUUCUUUCUUUUCUGGGCUCCGGCGAAAGUCAUCGCCGUGCUUUGGCCGCUAAAGACUACGACAACUGUGCUAAGGAGGCACGGAAAGGCUCCGUUGGUUUCCAAUUAUGGUAUCCACCAGCUCCACAUUUUCAUUUUUAUAUGAGAAAAUGGAAAGCUUGGGAAAAGGAAACAAAGACAGCUGAGUACCAGUACACACACGAUCCAGAGAGAUUCAGGUUCACAAGAGAGACUUCGUUUGGGCGAAGGCACUUGAAUUUCUGGAGCCACUCAUCCUUUCUUCUCUGGAUAUCGUGUUUCUUCAGGCAGUUCGUUAGAUCUGUUGCCAAGGUUGAUUACUUGACUCUCCGCCAUGGAUUCAUUGCUCCCUACAAUUUGGCUUUUUGCAGUGGUGUUCCUACUGUUCAACACCCAUGGAUGGCACUCCUACCUCUGGCUACCCUUCGUCCCCCUGAUUGUAAGCAUUAUUUCCACAUAAUUAUUCUUCUGGUUGGAACAAAGCUCCAAGUUAUCAUAACAAAGAUGGGGUUGAGAAUCCAGAAGCAAGGGGAAGUGAUCAAAGGAGUCCCGGUGGUUCGGCCCGGUGAUGAGCUCUUCUGGUUCAACCGUCCCCGCCUCCUCCUCUAUCUCAUCCACUUCGUUCUCUUUCAAGUAAGUUUUUCACUUAGUGAAAUUAACCCCCCCGUUAUGAAUUUGGCCUACAUUCUUGUUUUCAUGAAAAGUGGAAGACAUAGUCACCAGAGUAACAAUAGGGGUCCUAGUACAAAUAAUUUGCAGCUACGUGACUCUCCCACUCUAUGCCUUGGUCACCCAGGUGAGAGAUUCUGA